CGCGUGCGUCACACGCCUCCCCCGGACCUCAAGAACGUUAAUCAGUGACCGUUAUCUGACCCAGUUUAAAGAUUGUAUUUCUUUAAUUCGUUUCAACGUGAGUACUUGCACGCGUGGCAAUCAGCGGACGCCAACGUAUGUGUACCGAUAAUCAAUAAGCUCAUUUGGACAUUCUGGUAGCUGAGCUGUGUGGUAGUGGAACUCUGCUCACGAUGUGCUAAACUCUCCUCGCGAUGUGCUGAGUGAAGAGACCGUUUUUUAAAUUCUAGUUUGAGAGGAGCCCAGCCAUGCCACCACCAACUGCUGGAUUUACCUGGCUCAUGGCGUGAUAGCGGGAUGGAGGUAGAUGUGGCCAGGUGUGCUGCCUCUGGACCGUCCCUGCACGCAUGCCUCACCUGUCACCUGUGCGGGGAGAUCUUCCGCAGGCCUCGGAUCCUCCCCUGCGGGCACACCUUCUGCGGCGAGUGUCUCCUCAAGCUCAAGGACGACCAGCUCGGCGAUGGCCAGAAAACUGAGGCGGUGUCCGUCUCGUCUGAUGUGACUGACGACCCAGGUCACGCCGACUCGGCCAGUGUCUGCAGCUCUCGGCCCGGCCCGCCCAGUGACGUGGACAGUCUCGUGGGCGCCGAGCAGCUGGUCAAUGGCAUGAGCCGCAGCCAGACGUUCUUCAGAGAGAAGCGUCAUCAGUCAUGUGACCGGAGUCCGUCACGGUUCAGCGCCCCUGCCGGCAUUGGUGGGAGUGAGAAGAGCUGCUCCAAAUGUGGUCACGUGACCUCGUCAACCUUGCCCCGCCGCGGCAAGACGUCACAGAGCACGCCCUGCAUCGUCAGCAAAAGCCCCAAACGUCAGGGGAGUGGCGGCUCCAGCCCUAGGUGGAGCGCCAGCCCACAGAGAACCUCGCACCUCUCGCCGUCCUCGUUCGACCACAAGCACGUGAGGGAGAUGGACCUGAUCGUCUGCCCACUGCCUGACUGCAGCUACUCGCUGCGGGUCAUGAACCUGGCUCGGUGGUCGCCAAAGAACAACGCUCUAGCUGACGUCAUCAGCGCCUGGAGACGGCAGAGAGAGAAUCUUCAGGAUGCCAGCACACAGACAGACAUCAGUACAGACAAGUCGCUUCUAGUGACCAUCCCACGGACCCUGGUGGACAGCCGAGCCCUGCAGCCCCUGGGUCAGCGCAGACGACACUCCUCCAUGAUGGACAUGGCCUUGGACAGCGCCAUCAGCAUGGACAGUCUGGAGAGGGGGUACAUCCCCAGGGGUCACGUCACCUGGAGAUCCUAUGCAGCCAUGGUUGGCAUGAACAUUCUGCAGCAAAUUGUCAAUUUGUGAACGUCCAGCUUCAAUGUGUACU